AUCUCUAGAAUGAACACCCGCCACUAGAUGAACUUUUUUGAUUGGAGGCACUCAUAAAUGUUUAUUAUUUUUAAUUGAAGGCUAGGAGCGACGUGGUUUGACUGAAAGGAUGGUGUUCAAGUGCCAGGAGGACAGCUUCCUCAAGCAGUUCAAAACAAAAAUAGUAAGCAGCGAAUUUGCGACUUUGGAUUGGACAAAUGGCAAAGGAGAAACCAAGAAUCUCAAAGGAUACAAUGUAACCUGUGAGGACACCAUAUUGUUCCCCGAGGGCGGGGGUCAGCCAUGUGAUUACGGUACCUUUGAUGAUUGUCCGGUGAGGAAUGUGAUCCGGAAGGGCUCCACGGCGGUGCACUUUGUGGAGGCGCCAAAGACAUUCGAGAUCGGAGCAGAGGUAUCGCAGGUCCUGGACUUUCCACGCCGGCUGGAUCACAUGCAGCAACAUUCCGGCCAGCACCUGAUAACCGCUCUUUUCGACCGCGAGUUCAAAUACGACACCACAUCCUGGUCGUUGGGCUCCAGUGUUUCCUACAUUCAACUGAGUACUCAGCACCUGAUAAGUCGCGAAUCGUUGGACCUGAUUGAGACCCAGGCCAAUGACCUCAUCCGCGAGGGACGCAAUGUGAGCGUGAUCCUUGUGGAUCCCGAGGUAGCUCAAGAGUUCCAGGACGCCCGGGCUCCCAGGGGCCUGCCCAAGGACCACGAGGGUCUGGCCCGCGUUGUGAGAAUCGAGGGCAUCGAGAGCAACAUGUGCUGCGGCACUCACGUCACCAAUCUCUCCCAGCUGCAGUGCAUCAAGCUGUUGUACGCCGAGAAGGUUAAGUCGAACAUCCUGGUGCACUUUGUGGUGGGUGAGAGGGUCCUGCGCAAGCUGGGCGAGGUUUUCCAGCGGGAACUGCAGCUCACCCAGGCUCUCAAAGGCGGACCUAACCAGCAUCUGGAACUGGUGCAGAAACUCCAACAAAAUGGCAAGGUGAAUCGAAAGAUUUUCCAACUACUGCUAAAGGACUUUGCCGCCGCUGAGGCUGAGCGCCUGGAGGACUUGCCCAAGAAGGAGCGUCCCAAACACUUUUCCAUCCAUCGUCGUGACGGCAUCGAAGUGGACUUCAUCAAUACCUUCCUUCGCCUGGCUCCCGAGGGUAUCUUCUACUUCCUCACCGUUUCCGAGGCCGUGUCGGCCGGCAGUAAUGCCAAAGGACAUUUGGUUUUACGCGGUGAUCCUGAGCUGGUGGAGAAACUAGGUCCCGAGUUCAUGGAACUGCUGGAGGGAAAGGGCAACGGCAAGGAGGGCAGCUUCCAGGGCAAGAUUAACAAUCUGGCCAAGCUGCAGGAGUGCCAGGAGCUGCUCGAGACGCAGUUUAGACCAAAGAAGAUCAUAACGGAAGUUCUAGAGCCGGUGGUUCCAGUUUUCGAAGAAGUCCAGGAAGAUGAAGAAGUCCAAGAACCAGCUACAGCUUCUUAGCCGAUUAUGAGGCACUAAUCCUUCGAUAUUGGAUAUUUUCUGGACAUUAUUGUAAAUAUUUUGUGCCUCUGGAAUAAAGUUGCCAUUGUGUGAUAUUAGAA